AUGAACAGCAGCAUGAACAGCAUCAUGAACAACAGCAACAGCAGCAUGAGCUCAACACCAGACCACUUCCUCUGCCCACUAACAUUGGAGGUUAUGGAACAUCCAGUUACACACAAGGAAACAGGGAAUACCUUUGAGAAGGGAGCCAUAUUUGAAUGGAUGUUUGUCCACCAAAAAACUACUUGUCCAUUGACCAGACAACCUUUGCGUCCCUCUGAUUUGGAAGAUAACGAUGUGCUCAAGUACAUGAUUGAUCAGUGGAAAGAUGUGGAAGAAAUGGAGAUGAGGCUGGAACAAAUUAUUGCAAGCUCCAGGCGAUAG